AUGCAACCACACAUAUGCUAUGAUGAUGUUGCCUGGGAAAAGAGUGAGGAAAUCGCCGAUACCUGGGUUGAUCAGUUCUUUGAUCCCAGCAUCUCAAGGCCGGUCGGAAACUUUCUACUCAAGCACCAUAAGCCAGAUAAUCCAGUCCGGUUUGAUAUCUUGGACAAGGGUACAUUCAACAUCUCCCUUCGGAUGACAUACAAAACCGGUGCCGCCAUCAUACGCUUCCCUUUGCCCGGUGCCACUAUGUUCCCGGAAGAGAAGCUUCGAUCCGAGGUCGCCAUUAUGCGGUACAUUCAUGACGAGACUCCAGUCCCGGUACCCUUUGUUCUUCACUGCGGCCCUAAGAAAGACAGUCCUUUGGAGCUGGGUCCCUUCAUUAUCAUGGAGUAUAUCGAACAUAACUCGAAUAUGUACGACCUACUGAAUAUUCCAAAUUGCCCAGGCAAGGAGAGAGGAAGGCUCAACCCCAGUAUCGAUGAAAAUCUUCUCCAAACUUUAUAUGGAGAGUUGGCUACCGUUCUUCUGCAACUCUCCCAGCCAUCCUUCUCGCAGAUCGGGUCUUUCAGUCAGGUUGAUGACUUUACCUGGGAAGUCUCUAGUCGUCCGUUAUCAAUAUAUGCCAACGAACUCGUCCGAUUAGGAUCCCUACCUCAGUCGAAACUUCCAAGUCAGAAGACAACCUUUAUCUCAGCUUCCUCGUACUUUGAAGCUCUAGCGGAGACUCAUAUUGCUCAUCUCACAUUUCAACGUAACGACUCAAUCGAGUCUGCGGAUGACUGUCGACGAAAGUUCGUCGGAAGGCAUCUUUUUCGCAAACUAGCCCGCGAGCGAAAGCUCACCAAGCGGUGGUCCGAAUUCGAUCAAGGCCCGUUCAAAAUUUGGUGUGAUGAUUUCCGACCGGCCAACGUUCUCGUCACUAAGGAUUUGAAGAUUGCGGGCGUCGUGGAUUGGGAGUUUACAUACGCGGCCCCAGUCGAGUUUUCCUAUGCGCCGCCUUGGUGGCUUCUCAUCGAAAGACCUGAAUACUGGUCCAAAGGUCUUGAAGACUGGACUCAAGAGUUUGAUCGCCGUCUUCAAACAUUUUUAAAGGCAAUGAUUGAUCGCGAAGAUGCCGCUAUGAUAAAAGAAGAACAGCGAUUGUCUGGUCCAAUGCGAGAAAGCUGGGAGAGUGGAGACUUUUGGGUCAUGUACGCAGCGAGGAACAGCUUUGCUUUUGACUCUAUUUAUUGGCGUAAAAUUGACCAGCGCUUUUUUGGCCCUGUGGGGGAUGUUGAGGAUGCGUGGAGACAGAGGCUUGACCUCCUGAGCGACGAGCAAAAAUACGAGAUGGAAAGACUUGUGGCACAAAAAGUGAAAGAGAUGGAAAGCAGGGUUUUGGCGUGGGACCCGGAUGAGUACACUCUGGCGCAUAUAGACAUUGCGCAGACUACUGCUGAGAAAGAUGCCGAGAAAGUCGAGGGGGUCGAGGAAGAAGUUCAGAAAGAGGACCUCACAUCAGAUGAAGGCAAAAUGGAUGGAGCACAUGACCUUGAAGCAAAGGCAAAUGCAUCUGAUGUCCAGCAGAUAUCAGAAAAGUUGGCUAAUCUUCCAGCUGAAUUAUCAUGA